AGCUCACAAAUGAAAAUGGAAGCAGAUGCUAUUAUUAAUAUACAAAAUGAGAAUGAUUUGCUCUUGGCGAAUAUUAGAAAUUCUUUGGUUAAUCAUCGGCCGACAUUUAAUGCCGCUGUCGCCACCGCCGCCGCCGGGCUAGAGGAAGAUGCCGAUGAUGAGUAUGAUGGCGACGAUAUUGAUGAGGAAGUAGCCAACAUAUUACGCGCCUCAACACCCCCAGCAAGAACAACAACAACAAGUGUUCGAAAUACCGAGAGAAUUAGAGCACGAAACCACCGUGAACGUGAUCUUGAUGAUCUCUGCAAUCCGCAGGUUGCCCAAAUUGUGGAAUGCUCAGAUGUACGCGAUACGUUGACCAUAACGGUUGAAAGAUACGGCGGUGAAAUAUAUAAUAACAGUGGAACGGGUCUUGGUGAAAAUCAAUUAGUCUACUCUCCAACAACACCAACGCUAACGUCACCGCUCAACGUUUCUGCCACAAACGUAGCGUCUAGCCUUAACGGUAGCGUGCCAAGCGGUCUUACGUCACGUCCCGACAAUACUCCAUAUUGUAGUGAAAUAUUAUUGCCAAAAUCAGAUGUGCUUGAAUUCGAUGAUGAAUUGAAAUAUGGCAAAGUAUGCCACGGCGUUCAUCCGGAAAUUAAUGAAUAUCAAAUAGGCGGAAUACGGCAAACGCUCAAAGAAAGUGAAAUUAGUUUAGCAAAAGAAAAAGAAGUAGAAGAAGAACAAAAAUUACAAACAAAUGUACAUCGGAAUUCUCGGGAAUUCGAUGAAAUGAAAUACGACAUGAAAAGUCAUAAAAGUGCCAGCGAUACGGCGGCCUCGAUUCCGGCCACGCGUUCCAUUGGGAAACAUGAAGCGAACGGUCGUAAUAGAACGCUAUCGGGCGCAGUAGCAAAACCAACAAGUGAUUACAAUCAUCUUCCAGCUGCGGCUGCAUCAUCCCGACGGCUUUCAACAGAUAGCAAUGCAUCUGGCAGGUCCACACCCACAUCGAGAUCACACACCAACGAAAUAAAUCGUACUUCCACAAGCAAGCCUUCCCUUGAAUCUUAUUCGGGACGCACUACUCCCACUUCUUUAAUAGCAAAUAAAUACGGCAACUCCAGAUAUGACUCCACCACCUCAUUGGCCAAUAAAUAUGGCAAUGAUAAUAGCUCCAGAUAUGGCAAUGAUAAUAGCUCCUUAACUUCACUGAAAUAUGGCAAUGAUAUAACUUUAGUACCCAGUCGUUAUGGCCACGAUAGCUCAUUAUCAGGAUCAAAAUAUGAUCUUAGCUCAAGAACUGGCCAUGAACCGAGCUCCUUACCCAGCAGAUAUGGAAAUGACAUCACACCAACCUCCCUAAGACAUGGCAAUGAUGUUACUUCACGUUAUGGCAAUGACAGCUCUCUAAGCAACUCAAGAUAUGGCAGUGAUAUUUCGCAACGCCUUAUUCCCGAUUCCCAGCCGAUUUCAAAUACCAGCCAAAGAAAUUUAACUCCCUCUUUAGGGUCAUUAAGAACCACCUCGACAACCCUGGAUGCCGCAGUGCCUUCCUUAACACAGACACAAGGUCUUUCAUUGGAUGCCACAACGGGAGAUCGUUCACGGUUGCGUAAACAGAGACGUUUACGUUCCCAAGACUCACAGGAUGAUGAAGAUCCCAUUGAACGUUUGAAUCGCUUAAAGGCACGCAUAACGGCGUCACUAAGUGAAGUCAAAGGUGUUCUGAAGCAAUACAGUACCGAAGAAAAUGAAGAACCAGCACCAACUAGGGGAUCAUCUUCCUUGGUGUCUAGAACCAACAAAGUAACUGAACCAAUUGCAGAAUCUUCAGAGGAAGCUAAAGCUGAACCCGUCAAUUUUAGAUUUGUAAAGAGAAUACGAAAACGUAGCAUUUUCCCCGAAGAUGAAGAUGAGGGAGAGAAUAAAGUCGAGGGCAAAGAUGAAGUGGAUAAAAUUGAAAAGACAAAUUUGAAUGAGAAGAGUGCCGAUGAAGUUGAUAGAGGAGUGGUGGCACCAAGGGAUGAGCAAAUUUCAUCCAAGGAAACAGAAAAUGCAACAGCAAGAAAUGAAGUUCUGGACAAAACUCCUGGAAGCGAUUUGAAUAAAGGAGCUGUAGAAGAAUGCACUAAGGGACAGGAAUCAAUUUUAGAUCAAACUGUGACUCCUCAGAAUAAGGAAAAAGAGUCUGAUACCUCUCUUAAAGAGUCUGAGUCUGGUAUAAAUAAAAAUGAAAAUUCAAUAAUUUUGGAGCCAAGCCCUCCCAGCUCGACUAAGGAUGUUCUAAGAGUUGAAAAUGAAAAAUUAAAUAAAGUUGAAAAUGAAAAUUCAAAUAACGCAAACAAUAAGGAAAGUGUGUCAGUGCAACUUAAACCCGAGUCCGAAGUGAAAACUGAAGCCGAAGAGAAAAAUGAAAAACACCCCAAGAAAAAUCAAAACAAAAAACCCAAAAAUGAAACAAAAAUCUCACCAAAAUCCAAAGCAAAACAAAAAGCCGAUGAAUUGUCUACGGAUAAUACAACAAAACAAAAUAAAACAAGUGAAAAGAAAAACAAAACAAAUGAAAAAGUUCGUCGGAAUUCCAAAAUUUUAAAUGAUAAUUCGAAACAAAUGGAAAAUAAAGUAGCUGAGAAUGCUUCAGAACUCGACGAAAUAUCACCGAAAUUGGAAAUUAGUGAUAAAUCCAAACAAUCUGAAAAUAAGUCAGGCGAAAGUGCUUCAAAAAUUGUGGAUACAGUGCAAGGAACAAUGGCGCCCAACGUAAAGGAUACAAAUGAGUCUUCUUCGACAUCUGUUGUUAGGGACAACUCAAAAAAAGUUGAAAAUAAUUUGGGCGAAAGCCCUUUAAAAAUUGUGGAUGGUGGGAAAUCAUCAAAAGGAACAAUGGCGCCCAACGUAAAUGGUAUAUCAUCUUCAAAGACUACUUUUGUUAGUGAUAAUUCAAAAAAAGCUGAAAAUAAGUCAGACGAAAACGUUUCAAAAAUUGUAGAUGGUGGGAAAUCAUCACAGGAAACAAUGGCGCCCAACGUUAAUAAUACCGAAUCAAACGUUAAUUCUCUGAGUGAUCCCAAAAAUCUCCAAAAACAAAGUGAAGAGGACAAAACCUCUGUACCUACAGAAGAUGAGAUUGUAAGGGAAUCCAAGGAACUUGUUUCCGAUUCGACAAAUGGGACACCUUCAGUUGUUGCAACUGGAGUGGCCACAAAGCCAUUGUCUGUCGCUCCUAAUGGCAAUGCCUCAACUUUGGUUACAAGUUCCACUUUGGCAGUUCAAAAGACAAAUGAUCUGUCUCUAAAAUCGGCCGAUAAUAUUGUGGCGUCCAACAUGUUAGAAGCCUCCAAGACAACAGAACAACUUGAAAUUACCAACAAGGCACCUGGAAACCUCAAAGAAAGCGACACUGCUCUUUCAAAAGAGCAAGAAAAAUCAAAUGAACAAACCGACACCUUCGAUGACCAAUCCCUUAAAAAGAAAAAGAAACUUCCUGCAAGAACCAAAACCCCCACGUCGACUUCACGUCGAGCAUCUUUGGCCGCUGUAGAAGGUUCAAAAAUAGAACCCGCCGUAAAAUUGGCAACACCAGCUGCCAUACAGAGGCGUCCAUCUGAUUCAGAAGCUAUUGUCAAGAAGAAAUUAAUCACCAGUAAACUAAACACUUCCGGUAAUGUGGCGGAAGUGACGCCCAAACCGAAAAUUGUUAAAGUUAAACGUUCCGCAAUUAAGAAAUCGAACGAUGACAACAAUCAAACGCAAGCAAAUGAAACGCUUAAUUUGGCAGCAGGUACCCCAACAGCAUCAUCAUCUUCAUCAGCGUCGCCAUUAUCGGUGGGUGAUAAGACCGCUAAGAUUGACAAUGUAUCGGUGACAUCCAAUAAAUCGUUUCACAUUGAGGCUGAUCAGAAGAAAAACAAGGAUGUAACAUUGCCAAAUGAUGAAAUGCCACCAGCAGCGAAUCAAAUCUUAUCAACGCAAUUAGUGAUCGAUGAGCAGAUAGCCAUUGACGAAAAACCAUCGAUCCCCAGCAAUAGUCGAACAAUAGCGGACUCAAGUAUCUCCAACGAAGCGACAAAUGCACGGUUACAACAGACAACGACUACAACUACAAAGAAUUUCGAAUUGGCUAACAAAUUCGAGAAUAAUGCUGUUGCCAACAACAACAGCAGCAUGUUAGCCAAUGCUGGCGGAGCUACAUUGCUCGAAAAUUCAAAUCGGAACAGUGAGGCAAACGAUCAGCGAUCAGAUUUGCAUGAUCUGCUGCAGGAGUCAGCGGUGAUAGUCAAAGCUACGACAAAUCUGCAGGCGACCAAGCACCAAGGCACUGAAGGAGUGGCCAAAAAAUUGGAGACAUCCAGUGAAAAAUUGGAAGAGCAACUGGUGUCAAAAACAACAGGCGUAGAACCUUCUCAUGCUGUAGAUAUUGCAAAAGCAACAACAACGACCUCCCCAGAGCAAAGUUUGCCAUCAAUAUCAUCAACAACUACCACUACUGGUGAUCAGACAACGUCAACGGUUACAACCGAACCACCACCACCACCAACACAAGCUAUCUCAACGCCGCCAAUUAGUGCAGAGGAGGCUGCUACAAAAAUCAACAGCUCUCCACAAAUUUCCAUUAGUCGUACACAAGACGCCACAGAAGACACACCGAAAGCAGCAGCUGCAGCAACACAAAUCCCCACCAACCAACUUUCGGAAGGCGAUCAUCAAACAGAAGCGACAGUAGAUAAUUCUAAAACAAACAUGCCAGAAUUAAAUCAAGCUCCGGCACCGGUUCAAACUGCCGAAAUACCCCAUGAACCGGGUGAAAAAUUAAAAAAGAAAAUUAUUAUUAAGAAAAUCAUAAGACAGACAUCCAUAGAUAAGGCCAAAAAAGCAGAGGCCAGUGAAGCUGCUAUAACGGAGACCCAACCCACAACCACUGUUGAUGUUCCUGUUCCAGUUCCUGCCGUAGAUUCCGUAACAGACGAAAAAUCUGAGACUGAAAUUACCAGUCCUCAGGCGGGCGAGGAUGUAACCAGUGCCAGUGAAGAAUGUUCCGGUUCGACUACAGAAGUUUCGGAAUCCGAUUCGGGGGCAGGUGCUGCCAAACCGAAAAAAGUUCGUAAAGUUAAGAACAAGGUUAUCAUAAAACGUCAAAAACGCAAACUUUCCAUUAGCGAUUCAUCCUUCUUUGGCCACAAUGUCUCCAAUGAGGAGCCAACUAAUACCGAAGUAGAAACCCUUGAAAAACCCAUUGCCUAUGUCACCGAUGAUGAGGAGGACGAAGCAGAGCCCGAAGAGGCCCAGAAGGUCGAAGAGGAAAAGAAACCCCUCAAAUCGUGCAUUAACAAGAAAGAAUAUAACAUUGGCGAUGAUGUCCUGUAUGGAGAGCGUUAUCGCCGCAACACACAAAUACGCUGGCGACGUGGACGCGUUAAGGAGAAAAUCACCAGCAUAUCCUAUUUGAUUGAUAUCGAUGGCAUUGAGGUCUCGUCGCACAUUAACUAUUUGAAAAAGUACACCGGUCGCAAGGUCCAGUUUGGUGGCAAGGAAUAUUUGGAAAUCGACUAUGAACAAUUGGCCGAGGACGAGGAACGGGCGGAAAGGGCUCGAAGGCGUUCGUAUAGUAUAUGGAAUAUGGUGUAAGUGUAAGAGAGUGAGAAAGACAACCAAACAAACAGACAAGUGUGUGUGAAAGGAAUCAAUCUCAAAAAAUGAUAAAAAUCCGCUCCGUGGACGGGUGGAAAAAAACCAAAAGGAAAAUCAUAAUUGAAAAUUUAUGUGACUUUGUGAAAUGAACCGAAUCAUGAAAAUGGUUUUAUUUGCUGUGGUUUUAAGUGGUACUCAUAAUUGAAGUGCAAUUUAAGAGAAUAUGACAGUUUUAUUUGAACUAAAACUGUUAUAAUCGGGAAAUUAUAACAAUAUUGUAUUAUAAAUAAUCGAACACGAUUCAAAAAAAGAUCGUGUUAUGAGAUAUAGCAAUUUUUCGAACAGUUUAAAAUUUAAAGGACCAGUAAG